AUGCUAGAUACGUUCAGACCCGUCCCUUUCGCGUCGGAAAUGGCGAUUAGUAAAUCGGUGGCGUGGCUGAACGAGCAGCUGGAGAUGGGCAACGACCGGCUACUGCUGAUGGACUGUCGGCCGCAGGAGUUAUACGAGUCGUCCCACAUCGAGUCGGCCAUCAACGUGGCCAUUCCUGGCAUCAUGCUGCGGCGGCUGCAGAAGGGCAACCUGCCCCUGCGGUCCCUCGUCGCCAGCAGCGAGGAGGACCGGGAGCGCUUCGCCCGCCGGUGUGGCACCGACACGGUAGUGCUGUACGAUGAGCACAGCCGCGACUGGAACGAGAACACGGGCGGCGAGUCUGUGCUGGGGCUGCUCCUCAAGCGCCUCAAAGAUGAAGGCUGCAAGGCAUUUUAUCUGGAAGGUGGUUUUAGCAAGUUCCAGGCCGAGUUCGCCUUGCACUGCGAAACUAACCUAGACAGUUCGUGUAGCAGCAGCUCUCCUCCUUUGCCAGUCCUGGGCUUGGGAGGCCUCCGAAUCAGCUCCGAUUCAUCAUCAGACGUUGAAUCUGACAUUGACAGAGACCCCAAUAGUGCCACCGACUCCGAUGGCAGCCCUCUCUCCAACAACCAGCCUUCCUUCCCGGUGGAAAUUUUACCCUACCUCUACUUAGGCUGUGCCAAGGACUCCACUAAUUUGGACGUUUUAGAAGAGUUCGGCAUUAAGUACAUCUUGAAUGUUACCCCUAACCUGCCCAAUCUCUUUGAAAAUGCCGGUGAAUUCAAGUACAAACAGAUUCCGAUCUCUGACCACUGGAGCCAAAAUCUGUCUCAGUUCUUUCCUGAGGCCAUCUCCUUUAUAGAUGAAGCACGGGGGAAGAACUGCGGAGUCCUGGUGCAUUGCUUAGCAGGGAUCAGCCGCUCGGUCACAGUGACGGUGGCCUACCUCAUGCAGAAGCUGAACUUAUCCAUGAAUGAUGCCUAUGAUAUUGUCAAGAUGAAGAAGUCCAACAUUUCGCCCAACUUCAACUUCAUGGGCCAGCUGCUGGACUUUGAGAGGACUCUGGGACUGAGCAGCCCCUGUGACAACAGGGUGCCGAACCAGCAGCUGUACUUCACCACCCCUUCAAACCAGAACGUCUUCCAGGUGGAUUCCCUGCAGUCCACGUGAGCUCCUACAACCUCCCUUCUCCUGUCCGUUUCAUGGGAUCACUCCUCAAUGGUUUCUCUUUGGCAGUGAUAAAGGAAUGCAGCUUUCUCUUUUUCUGGCCUCUGCUGUCAAAAGCAGCUGCAAGGCAAGGAAAGGUUACACAGUAUGGAAUCGGCUAUUGGAAAGGGAGGGAAUGUGGCAAGCUCUCUGGGCAGGACCACAGCGAGCAGGCAGCAGGUGGGCAGUGUGCUCAUCCCUGCUUGUGCAGUGGCUUGGGUCUGAGGACUUCCAGGGGGAUAGGGUGAGGCUGGACAGGCUGGGCACAUGUUCUCUAGAGACUGGAACUCUCCUGCCCUCUCUGCUCUCAGAUCUGUGACAUACAUCUUUGUCUUCAGUGAAGACUGGUUAUUUUUGUUUGUUUGUUUUAAUUUAGAGGAGCCAAAGAAAGAGAUUUCAGCUUAGUGUAUUUGGAGUACUUGUUUGCUGGGAGUUUGGUAGUAUUCUACUUGAUCAAUGUAAAUAUUUAACAUUAAAUCAAUUUGCAAUUUUUUUUUUUUAAUUCACAUAUAUUUGAAAAAUCAAUCCAAGGGACACCUGUGUUUUUGUUCUUUCCAUAAAUCCUGCUUUAUUUGUUGUUGUUGUUGGGGUUUUUUUAUGGCAAAGAAUAUAUUUGCAGCAUGCUGGAUUUUAUUCUUCAAUUGAAGCAAGCUUUCCAUGAGGGAGAAAUGGCAAUGGUGAGAAGUUUGCAAAUUAUGUUUUGUGAGCAAGUAGAGUCUCUUCUUUCAUAUAUCUUUUCCUUGUGGUGAUUUUUUUUUUCUCAUGCUUUUGAUGUAGGUUCCACAUGAUACAUAUAUAUAUAUAUUUUUAAAUUAAAUUAAUUUUUUGCCUUACCUUUUGUAAAUAGAUCAUCUGGGAGGUGGUUUGUCUUUGAACGCGAAAGAUUUUUGAUCACUUUUUAAAACUUUCAGAUGUGCUAAACAGUGCAUUACCUCUGUACAAAUUCUUCAGGGAGCUUCACCUCAAAUGCAAUAUUUUGCGUCUUUUCUUUUUUUUUAAACAAAACUGGAAGUAUGUGCGAACAUUUGUACCUGCGUGUACGCACAGUGAACCUGCACAUGGUUGCCAAUAAGGGAGAGUCUAAUUCACAGUGUAAAAGUUUUAAGAUGGAAUUUAUUAUAAGAAUGUAAAACCUUAAAUUAUUAAUAAAUAAAUAACUAUUUUUGGCUAUG